UGAAACAACACUACCAACAAAAUUAAUAGUAAAAAUCGUAAGGGCAAGUUUUACUUGUAUUUCGGGUUCUGUGUAUGCAAGCAUGUGAACGGAGUAGUCCAUUUUGUCAAUGUUUUAUUGUUUUGUAUUUAAAUUUUGAUAAUUACAGAUAUUUAUAUAUCGAAAGGGUACAGAGAUGUACUGGUUCGUCAUCGUUUUAGUGAUAUCCACGGCAGACCGUCUCGCUUCUGCAUUUGGCGAAGAUGGCUGCGAUCCCGUGAAUGAAUUCCACGACGCUACUAAUGGCGUAGAAAUACAUUCACCCUCCUAUUCCCAGUAUCCAAAUGCAACAUAUCCUCCUAACACCAGCUGUCGCUGGAAGAUCGCAAGGCCUGGAACGAAUCUAGUCGCCAUGUUUGGCCAUGGGCGGACGGAUGUUUUUGGGUUGCGGCGCACGGGAAACUUCUGUAUUGAUUAUGUUGCCAUAUUCCCGGCAGAUUAUUCCGAAAGUAACGAGAUUUGCAAUCGUUCGACUGCUGCCAGAGGAAAAUAUUGCGGAUUUACCGCUCCUCCAAAUUUCGUAAUCGAUGAGAGGGGAGCUGUCGUCGAAUUCUGUUCAUGGUCACAAACAUCGUCAGACGUUUAUCGAGGGUUCAGUUUGGUCUUGCGAAGCACUAGAGAUCCUGUAACUGCACUUCCUGACCUUCCACCUCUACCUUGUGAAGGUCAAACGAUAAUAAACAUGACGGAAACGAAUAGUACGGAAGUGUAUAUUGGUUCACCCGCGGAGCAUUAUCCAUUGGAAGCGAUGUGUUCCUGGGUUGUUAUUCCUGAUGCAAACAAAUCCCUUUUUAUCAAUGCAGAACGGUUUGACCUUUUAUCGCGGGACAGUUUAAUGAUAUCCACUAAUCCGCUAAAUGCAAGCGAUGAUGCAGAGACUGCGAAAAGCUACGAAUUUUCUGAAAAGCGUGGCCCAACCGGGUUGAGGUUGGCGACUGACACAUUGACACUCUCUUUUAUAUCCGGCUACCAUUUGGAUACUUCCGGCGUCCAGGGAUUUAGAAUUCGUAUUCAAGAAUCCAGCUGCUCUGUCAAUGCGGGAUACUGCGUUUACGAUUUGACGGAAGAUGUGUGCUUUGUCGAAGAUAUGAUGUGCAACGGAAAAACCGAUUGUCCCAGUGGAGCCGAUGAGAUCUGCCCACAGGGAUGUGGAAUUCCGCCAGUGGCACCGGUUUUGUCUUCGGAAAGCACUAAAAUUUUAGGUGGAACGGAGGCGCGACCGCACAGUUGGCCUUGGCAAGUGGCUUUUGUAAUUUCCGAAAAGCUCCUGGCGUGUUCUGGAUCGAUCCUAGAUAAUUCUUGGGUGCUGACCACAGCUGACUGCUGUGAACGCGUAGAAACAGCUUUCAAAGCUAACGACAAAUCAGUGGCCGUUCAUGCCGGUAUGCACGACUUCACCGGGGCACUGGAACCCAACGCGGCAAUCUACCACAUCGACAAGAUAGAGUACCUCGCCGAAGAAGUGCCACCAUUGGCUCCAACUGCCCGACGGUUGAACUACUGCCUCGUAAAGGUCAAUAAUAAAAUGUUCUUCAACGAUCACGUCCGCCCCGUGUGCCUAUCACCGGCAUCACCUCCUGCUGGCACGAUAUGUUACACCACCGGUUGGGGCAAGACGAACAACGUGCAGCUGGAUCUGUUUAAAGGCGAGGCUCGAUUACAGCAGGUCGACCAGAACAUUACGUACGAUUCGUCAUGUUUAUUGGGACUGAAUUCGACAAUGACGGACCUCAUGUUGCCAGUUAGUAUCUGCAGUGGAAGUUCCAGUAAAAGAGGAUGCUUGUAUGAUGAAGGCGGACCAUUAGUGUGCCAGAGUAACGACGACCCCAGCCGAUGGGAAGUGGUGGGUCUUAUGGGAAGAAUACUUACACCUACCUGCCAUCCGGAAGAUCUAACAGAACCGCACUUUAUUCGAGUAACAAAUGCCCUGCAGUGGAUUAAGGACAUUACGGGGUUAUCAUUACCGACAACUGCGCCGCCCAGCCCCGUCGAUACCACACCACCAAAUGCAUCCGAAAGGGCACCGGCGACUGCGACCAUUAGACUGUUACUGGUUGUAGCCAUCGUUGCAUAUUUCCACUCGAUCUGUAAAUUGUAAAAAUUAUACAAGAUCUGUACACUUUUAUUAACGCUUUAAUGAACUCUAUUAUUUGGGUACCGAAAUAACAUACUUUUACGGUUAGUGCCGACUGCCG